GGGGCUGGCCUCUGCAUUAUCCAUUUCUACACCAGCCACCUGAUCAUUCGCGGGUGACAGCCCUGACGAUUUCUGCUUCGCGAUCCAAGUAUCUUCAUUCGUGAUUUUCAUUCGGUUUUGAUUCUCCCGCCAGCUUUAUCGAGAACAAAUGAUGAAGAUCAUUCUCACAGGAUUAGUCGUCGCGACGAUUUUCAACGUUGCAUCUGCUCGUGAUUUGCCCGAGUUCCUUCAUGUUUGUAAGAGGAACGAUCCGAAUCUGAGCAACUGUAUCAAGAGCAGCGUAGAGAACUUCAGACCGUACUUAGUAAAUGGGCUUGCGGAUUACAAUAUACCUUCUUUGGAGCCUUUAUUGUUGAAUGAGUUGGUGGCUGCUCCGGGAAACACUAUUAAACUGAAGUUGAGGAACGUUCGCGUCUACGGCGCCAGUAACUUCACCGUCUCCAGAUUGAAAGCCAAUUUGGACACGUUACGCUUCGUGGUCGAACUGAACUUCAAGAGCCUCUCCAUCGAAAGCGAUUACGACAUUGACGGAAAAGUGAUACUGCUGCGUCUCAAAGGAUCAGGCCCGAUGACAGGAAACUUCACGAAUUGCAAAGGACUCGUCAAGCUGCGGGCGAAUGUGGAGCAGCGAGAGGAUGGGAAUAAUUACGUGAAAAUUGUAAACUUCGACACGAAGAUCUCGGUAGGUCAAGGACAUUUGACGCUGCAGAAUCUUUUCGGUGGCGAUCCUAUCCUCGGCGACGCUAUCAACGUGGCCAUCAACAGUAACUUCAACGACUUCAUCAAAGAAUUGCAACCGUCCCUCGAAAGCGCCAUAUCGAGCACAUUCCUCAAGCUCGCGAAUAGUAUUCUCGGACAAUUCACUUAUGAACUGCUUUUCCCGCUUGCAUCGACACUGAUCCUUGGUCAUCAAAAUUUCCUAAAAUCUGCGUACUCGAAAGUACGAUACUUUGUCGAAGGACCCGUAAAGAAUUUUUCCAGCCUAACGGCGAUUCUGGCUUGCGCGGUCUCUGCCGUUUUACCGCCUUAUAUAAAACCGUGCAAGAAGAGCGAUCCAGAUAUUAACAGAUGCAUCGCAAGGUCUAUCGACCAGCUUCGCGACAAACUAGCUGCUGGAAUUCCAGAACUGGAUGCGCCAGCUAUAGAACCUUUACAUCUGAAGCAAAUUCGUCUGUCUCGAGGACCAUCUGGGGCGAGGCUCGACGUAAACCUCACAGACCUGCGGGUUUCGGGUCCAUCCUUGUUCAAAAUUCACAACCUCAAAGCAGAUGUUGAGAACGUGAAAUUCACCUUCAAGGUGACCUUUGAUAAACUGACCUUUCAAGGGAAGUAUCAGAUAGACGCGAGGAUCCUCUUGUUGAGGCUGACGGGAGACGGAGAUCUGACUGGGAGCUUUGACAACUACGACUCCGAUGUUGUUUUAAGAGCCCGCAAAGUCUUCAGAGACAACGAUACGUACCUCAACUUCGAAAAGAUGAAGAUAACGAUCAAAAUUGGCAGGACCAAUUUGCACUUGAGUAAUCUAUUCGGUGGAGAUACGGUUUUAGCUGCUGCCAGCCACGAAUUGUUGAACAACAACAACGCGUUAAUCCUUGAUGAAAUAACACCGGUGCUGGAGACAUCGUUGGCGGAUCUUUUCACGAACGUCGCAAACAAGAUCACCAAGUCUUUCACCUACAAGGAACUCUUCCCCGAUGACUAAACGACGCGUGAUUGCGCUGCGUGUUGCUUAUUUCAAAGAUAUUCAUUUCGUCGUGUUGCUACGACUUGGUACCUUUCCUUGCAAAUGCUCGGACAUAUCAUACAUGCGCGAGUAGAAUAACGGUACCGAGCAUUUCACGCAAAAUUGCCUUUUCUUCGUCAAGAUAAAAAGUGAAAUUCGUAAUAACUACAAAUUUAAAAAAAAAAAAACGAAGAUUUUCUUCGAACAGAUGGUAGUUUUCAAAUUAUACUUUUUGACGAAUCUUAAACUUUAUCAGUUAUACAAGAAUCGUCUAUUCUAUGUAACAUUCGACUGUAAGUUGAAACUAUCGAAUAUUCAACGAAUUGAAACUUGAUCCGCCUAAAGUAACGGGUUAAGGAAUUUAUUUUUUGUUUUGUUGUUUACAGUUCCGAUUCAAUUUAUGUAACAUUCCGUUAUAUAACGUCUGAUCGAACAUGUUUACGAUUAAAACGUAGUAAGUGUCUGCGAGUUUUAUUUAUGAUGGAAUAAAAUCAAGAGAAAUUACUUAUAAUAUGUUUAUUAAAUUCGUUACAAGUAUCUAAAAGUACCGAAUAUUAAACGAGGAAUCGUGCGAGCACAAAAUGUAACGGUAUCGAGUAAUAACAGAUAAUUAGAAUAAUGAAUAAAUAAUUAUUUGAGCGUAGGUCACGCAAAUCCUAUACAUUCGUAUUCUUAUUCAUCGAUAACAAAGUAAAAAAUCUACACUUUCUUUCCUAUACGCACAUACCGCGCAUGUACAUAAAUUAUACUUAGCUUCAAAGUAGACAGCUUUCUUGCAUUCAACAGAAUUUUGAAAUUAAAAGCGAUUAUCACCGGUCGAUUAAUCGGGCGGAAACGAGCAAAAUUUUAUUCGAACAAGAGAUUGCGAAUAAAGUGAACGAUGCGCGUUGGUUUCAUUUGGAAUCAAAUUUCCUCGUCUCUGUUCGGCAAAGACGGCACGGUAGGGAACGACUCGGUCCUACAGGAUAACGAGAAG